AUGUCAGAUGAAGGUCCAACAUGCAGUUUGCUGGGACAGAACGAUUGGCAUACGCGCCCCAAAAGUAGUGAUCGUCACUGGUGGAAUGAACCACGGAAUGGGUAUCAGAUUGCUUACGGCCGCGAUUCGGAAGACGCCCCCUAUCUCAGGGCCGGAUGUGGCUGCUCAGCAGCGUACACUGAGAGCAGCAUAAACAUGACAGAUUCUUUCCGCCUAUUCCUUACGCGUGAAGUGACGCUUCACCCUGUCAGCGACAUUCAGUGCAUCAGAGCUUAUAUGCCGAAUAUCGAAGUAUAUGGUACAAACCAGUUGCGUGGUUCCCAUCUUUAUCGGCACGCUGAGAUCCGAGUUCAACAGGGCGGUUCCUGGAUGGAGAUGACGAGAAGAGUUGUGAACAAUGCUUGUGUGGUGAUGGAAGGCAAUCUCGGUGCAACCUGGACCUGGGGUUCUUACAAGCCCGGAACCGCCAAGCAUGACCCAGGCCAGUACAUAUGCCUGGACUUCGUCAAUGCCAUCACCAGCAACAGAUUCGCUACCCCUGCGUUGCCCUACCUAGCCGCGUAUGCACAUGCGCCUGGGAAAUUACUCCGUGCCGUGUCGGUACUCGUGGGUGCAUGGACCACUUCUUCAUCCAAAGUCGAAGCUGAGCUGACAUCGUCUUACUCCGCGCCGGACCCGGCUGGGUUUCCUCGACAGCCUGUUGGCACCAAGAAGCUUCGAUAG